AUGGAUCUCAACACCAUCUCUUAUCUUCCUGUUCCUCCUGCUAAAUUUCCUUCCAACUCAUCAAAUACCCCUCUUCCUUCCCAACAUGCUCCUUCCUUCUCUGCACCAUCCCAACCUUCCUUCUUUCGCCAUGCGCCUGGCCUCCCCCCUUCCAUAGGUCCUAAUGACUACACAUAUCCAUAUCUCUACGACCAUUUCGCUUCCCAAUCCUCUUCUUCUCCUUCCGUCUUACGCCCAGCUAACGUCCCCGCAACGAACGACAAUUUUCAAGACUUUCAAGCUUCUGUACAUCCUAGUGCCGUCCGUGUUUCUUCGGCUGCGUCGGAUGAGAAGAAGAGGAAAAAGGUCUCUCGGGCUUGUGACCUUUGUCGCAAAAAGAAGAUUCGCUGUGACACGGUGGAAGGCUCUACAGGUGCUUGCAUCAAUUGUUCAAAGCACAGUUUACAAUGCAUAUUCACCAGAACACAAUUAAAGCGUGGUCCCGCCAAAGGUUUCGUACGCAAUGUUGAAGAGAAAAACAAACGUGUACGUUCCAAUAGUACCACAGUCGUUGCUUCUCCUCCCGAAACAAACGCCGCCACUUCUCCUUCUUCUACUCUUGCUGAUACCUUACCUUUUGAUGUAAAAUCCGAUUCUUCCUCCCCUGAUGAUUCCGCCAUUCUUAGCAGAUUAUCUCCUAAAAAUACUGCAAUGCCUGUUAUGUCGCCUGGCCCAAAGGACCCUAUUCUAUCAAACCAUCCAAAGCCUACUGCUACAUGGUACCCUCAGCAAAUCAACCACCCUCCUCAACAUUCUCAGCCGGCUCCUCCGAGGAUACCGCCUUUUCAACAGCAAUCAUAUCCUUACCUAUCUACUCCCGUUAACCAAUCUUUCGACAGCCUUCAGCAUAUCAAGUCUCUCCCUUCCGCUGGUAUACGACCUCCCGUUUAUACCACUCCAAGCGUACAAUCUUUCGUACCUCCCAGCCUACCUCUUCAGUCAAAGAUGAAUACUCCUUAUAUGCUGGAUUCCAACGGACAUACGGAUACAUCCCAUCCAGGUCUUGCUGAAGCAUCUUAUAACCCGCUGAUGCGGCCUCCAUCUGCUCCAUACCCUCCUGGGCCUACGAAUGUUCUAUCAUCAGAUCCUAGUUACUUACAAUUGCCAUCUAUUUCUUCAUUUGAUAACUCUCGUCCCAAUACCGUGUUUCAACAUGGUGGAUUGCCAACCACUUCCUAUCAGCCUCCCGUUCCAAUGCAGCCUGUUCCUGUAAAUACACCAGGUAACUUACCGAGUUUUGACCGUCCUUUCUAUAAAAAUCAAUCUCCGCAGAACCCAUCUUUAUCACUUCUACCGGAAGCCCGCUCUUCUACCUCGAACGCUACUCGCAAUAUAGAGCAGUCAAGGUCUGCUGAAAGUGCUCAGUAUGAUGACAUGAACGAAAUUUCAAAGGUCUUUCACGAAGACAUAGAAUGGGACGACGAAGCUGUAGACAGGUAUUAUUUGCUUAUACAUUCUACCUUGCCAAUUUUGCAUCACUCGAAAACUCGCUUAAAAAUAGAACUAGAAAAAGCUCCAAAGUUUUUAAGAUCUUGCUGCUUGCAUGCAAUUUAUUCCCUAGUAAACCGGCCGCCGUUUUCUUCCCUCGGAAGUAUUUUUCAUAAAAACCCACUGAAAGCAGUUGGUUUACUUAAUUUAAUUUGUACGAAUGUGCAGAAUUUUUCCAAUAGAAUUUUGCACUUACAGACCAUGGUUUUACUGGCGGUUGAGAGUGAUCAGCGCGGUCCUACGACAAUCACUGGACGAAAUGGACUGCCUCAGAGUAUGUGGCACGGCGCUGCCGUGGGUUUAGCUUGCAACAUGCGUUUGCAUAUACAAUCCCAUGUAUCCUUACAGUCUGCAUAUGAAGACAUUGAUGGCAAUGCAGCAUUAUGUCGUAGGGCUUGGUGGGUCUUGGUGAUCUUAGACAGAUGGCACUCUGUGUCUACAUGCUCUCCCUUAUUCAUUCCGGAAAGUUGUAUAAAAAUGUCUUUACAAGAUCAUAAGGUUCUCGGAAGCUUUCCAAGUCAAUUAGUUCGUUUGUCUUUAAUUGUUGGUCACAUUUCCGAUGUUUUUCAAUCUCCAGAUCCAAGUGACCGUGAAAAUCCAAUUGUGACUCAACAGUUAAGGUCGGAAAUUGACGCAUUUCGUGAAAGCGUUGAUGUUGUUUGGGGUAGAAUGAAUCUAUUAACGUUGGCCGUUACUCAUGUAAAAGUCCUUUUGGAAUUAUCUACAAAUGCUCGGCCUUCCGCUGUUUUAACUCCUGCUAUGAAGAUGGCUAAUAUUCUUUCAUCUUCCUCCACACCUUUGACGCCUCUUAAUCAUCACUUUUUUAGUUUAGCUGCCUGUGUUUUAAUUGGUGUCUAUGAUAUUCCAGAACUGCAGGAAGAAGCUAGACAGGGACUGGAAUACAUAAGAGAAUGCAUAGAAAAGCGCCGGGACAUCGUCAGUAGAAAAGAUCAUGAAGAUUGGGAUUAUGUCGUCUUAAAAGUGAUAAAUGCUAAAAUGCAAGGUCUCCAUAUUGCUUCGGAUCCUCCGGCUCCCCCUUACGUUCCUGCUCCAUCACUUCCUUCGUAUAAUGCUCAAGACGUAGAUUCAGUGACCUUUAAAGAUGCUUAUUUGUACUCAAGGUUGUGUAAUUUAGGUUAUCUGGGAUUCUUAAUUUGA